AUGACUCGAUCGACUCGAUAUAUCGAAACAGUUAAAAAAAUCGCUUCCACUCCACCUGUUGCUGAGUAUCGCCCAGAAAGUCGACGAGCGCUUGUCGUGGGUAAUAGUUUCUCGGUGGCACUUUUUGAAAGGAAGUGGUUUGCUUCCAUGUGGAAUAGAUAG